GCACCCAUUCAAAUCGAUUUGACUUUUGCAGUCCAUUUCUGAAUUUUUGCGAAUGAUAAAAAAAAAAUGUUAUUUGUUUUGAAUUCAGCGGAAUUUGUUUUGCGGCUUUUUGUUCCAUAAGAUUUGCAUAAGAUAAGUAAAAUCAAAAUGAUAUCUUUCUUAAAAAGAUCGAAAAUUCUUCUGAAUUCAACUAGCAAACUUUGUGUCAUUCUCGGCAAUGAAAGCUGUGAUCUCGAUUCAGUUGUAUCUGCAAUUGCACUAGCAUUUUUCUACUCUAAAAUAUAUCCCGACCAAUCUGGAUUCAUACCUAUUCUUAACAUCCCACGUACAAGCUUUCCCAUUAAAACUGAAGUUACAUACUUUCUGGGAAAAUACAACAUAACAGAUGAACUUCUUGUGUUCAAAGACGACACAAGUAAUGAGUUUAUCAAAAAAAGCUCGGUGAUUCUAGUUGAUCACCACGUCUCACCUUACAGGGACUCUGUUAUAGAGGUAUUCGAUCACCGUCCGGUGGAUAGUUCUGCUGAACUUCCCAUAGCUUCCAAAAAAAUUAUCGAACAAGUUGGCUCGUGUGCCACUCUAAUCGCCGAUUUAAUAUUACGAUCCAGGGGCUUAAACGACGAAUUUAAACUAACACUGCAACUACUUUACGGCGCUAUCGUUAUGGACACGGUUAACUUUUCACCCGAAGCGUGUCGAAAAACAGAGCUGGACUCGGAAAUUGCUGCUAAGAUUGAAAAUUUUGUGGGAAUAUCAGAUCCCGGGCAUCACCGUGAGAAUGUAUUUGCCGAGCUGGUUAAAGCACGAGAAGAUAUAAAAUCAUUAACACCCUAUCAGUUGCUCCAUAAAGACAUGAAAUUAAUCUCUAACUCGGAUGGGAGCAUCAGAGUUGCGAUUCCUGGAUACCCUAUUUUGGUGCAGGAAUUUAUUAAAAAACCUGAUGCCAAGCAUGCCAUAGAGAUGUUUGCCAAAGAAUAUAAUUCUUCAUCAAUUGUCUUGAUUGGUAUGAAGAUAACAAAUGGCUCAGAUGUGAUAAGGGAUAUUGGGCUAAUAAACAUAAAUAACGAUGGACUAUUUGAAGAAAUUUUGGAUAAAAUUAAAAUCCAUGAUAAGCCAAAUCUACAACUUCAAGAAAUAGAAAAUACAAAUUUUCUUUGUGGUCGUUUCUUUAAACAAGAAAACAUCAGAGCUACUAGAAAACAGAUCCUUCCAAUUGUAAAAAAAAUUUUGGACGAAAAAUAUUAACCAUUGCUUUACAAAAACUAUCUUUACAUUUAUGAAUAAUGAAUUCACGUAUUUGUUAAAAAAAAGCAACUUAUUUUUCUUAUUUUGAACAUAAAAAACGUUGAGACAAUAUUUAAUAUUAAUAUUUCUUGAUUGCAUGAUAGAAAUAAAAGAAACAGAUAUAACAUUAUACCGUGAUUCACCACGAAAAUGGCAAUGCAAAAAAUAUAAAAUUAAAUAAAGCCCAAAGAAAAAGCUAUAUAGUUUUAAUAAAGAAUUUUAUUGUUUCUUAAAGAAUAUAAAUAUCAAAUCCUUUUUGUCUUAUGACUGCUGUUAGUCGGCCUGAAAUGGAUUCCACCAAUUUUUUCGUGAAGUCAGAACUUAUUUUAUUCCAUUCUAAGAGUAAAGCCAAUUCUAAGCAAUUUGGUUUGGAAUACUCAUGUUAAUGCCACAAAUUUUUAAACUUCUUUAUCUGAAUAAAAAAUUCAGUAUUCUAUUCUGUAAAUCCAAAAUUCUGCAAAUCCAUUACUCUGCUUUUUGGAAUUCUGUAUAUUUCAAACCUAUAGGUACAUUUUUAUCUUGUAUAAUUAAUAAAUUAACGAAAAAGAGUUUAUGUUCUACAAAAAUAUUUAAGUUCAUUUCAGCAAAUGGUCCUAAAAGACCUUACAAAAAAAAAAGACAAGAACAAAUAAAACAUAAAAAACAAAAUCAUGAAAUAUGUAUAAAUGAAGAUUCUUGGGUAAAUAUUACUAGUAUUUUCGAAUUCAAAGUAUAUCAUUCAAAUUCAAUCCAAUAUCUGUUAGCUAUAUGCAAAUACCUAGGCUCCGCUAUUAACACAGACAACAACAUAAGCGCUGAAAUCAAACGGAGAUUUACUCUUGCCAACCGCUGCUACUUUGGUUUGAGAAGGCAACUGACCAGCAAAGCCCUCUCUCGAGCAACUAAGGUGUCCCUGUAUAAGACCCUUAUCAACCCAGUCCUGCUAUAUGGUGCAGAAGCAUGAACUUUAACGAAGGCGGAUAAAAACAUCCUGGAUUGUUUCGAGAGAAAAGUUCUUCGUGCGAUUUUGGUCCCGUAUGCAUUAAUGGUGAUUGGAGAAGAAGAUAUAACAACGAACUUUACGGGUUGUACAAGGACACUAACCUAGCCAAGAGAGUUAAAGUGCAGCGCCUGAGAUGGCUAGGUCACGUUGAGCGCAUGGACAACAAUGCUCCGGC